AUGGCCGAUGAUGACUGGAAGAAGUCCCUUGUCAAACCCAAGGAAGAUACGCGCAAGAAAACCGAGGAUGUGGAAUCCCGUCGUAACGUUUUUUUUGAUGAAUAUGCUUUGCGCCGCGAGCUGCUAAUGGGCAUUUUUGAGAAAGGUUUUGAGAAGCCAAGCCCUGUGCAGGAAGAAGCGAUCCCGGUGGCCCUCCAGGGAAAAAAUGUCCUGGCCCGUGCAAAGAAUGGUACUGGGAAAACUGCCUCUUUUGUUAUACCCGUGCUUGAAAAGGUAGACACCCGUGAACACUACAUCCAGGCCCUUCUCAUGGUCCCCACGCGUGAACUCGCCCUGCAAACCGCCCAAGUCACCAAAGAGCUCGGCAAACACAUCCCCCGUCUUGAAGUGAUGGUCACGACGGGCGGCACCACUCUCCGGGAUGACAUUCUGCGUUUGACCAACUCCGUGCAUAUUCUCGUGGCAACGCCUGGCCGCGUGGUGGAUCUUGCUAGCAAAAACGCCGCCCGUCUGGAUCGGUGCCACAUUUUCGUCCUGGACGAGGCUGACAAACUUCUCUCCCCUGAGUUUUCUAACCUAAUUGAAGACCUCUACAAUUACUUGCCAAAAAAUCACCAAUCUUUGCUUUUCUCAGCUACGUUCCCCGUCACAGUGAAGGAUUUUGCCGAACGUCACCUUGAUCAUCCGUACGAGAUUAACCUAAUGGAAGAACUCACGUUAAAGGGUGUAACUCAGUAUUAUGCCUUCUUAGAAGAACGACAGAAGAUCCACUGCCUCAACACACUCUUUAACAAACUGCAGAUCAACCAAUCCAUCAUUUUCUGCAACAGCGUGAAUCGAGUGGAGUUGCUGGCGAAGAAGAUCACCCAGCUGGGUUACAGCUGUUACUAUAUUCACGCCCGCAUGCAGCAGCAGCACCGCAAUCGCGUCUUUCACGACUUCCGCGCCGGGAAUUGUCGUAAUCUGGUCUGCUCUGAUCUCAUCACUCGCGGUAUCGACAUCCAAGCCGUAAAUGUCGUCAUCAACUUUGAUUUCCCUCGCUAUGCGGAGACCUAUCUUCAUCGCAUUGGUCGCUCCGGGCGCUUCGGACACCUUGGCCUUGCUAUUAAUUUCGUGACCUACGAGGAUCGUCAUAAUGUCUACCGAAUUGAACAGGAAUUGGAUACAGAAAUCAAGCCGAUACCAGCAGAGAUCGACAAAGAGUACUACGUCGCAUAA